CUCUCUCUCUUCUCUAUCUCCGAGUCUUCGCUGGUUUUUUGCCGACUGAACCUUUUCUGGAGAAAGAGAGAAAAGGGUUUUUGGUUCUGGUAGCAAUAUAGGUUUUAAAAGCAGGAGAGAGAGAGAGAGAGAGAGUUAAGAGAUAGAGAUGAGAAGUGUUAAAAAUAGCUUAAAAGUUUGUCUUUUGCAUAUUUAGCAUUCAAUUCAUGGUGUGAAUUAAUUUCUUUGAACACCUUUUCUCUCUCUAGAGACAUAUCUCUACAUGUAUGUAUAGAUGUGAGAGAGAUUUGUAAUCACACACAUGAGUUUUGAGAGAGGUGAAGACCAUCAUCAUCCACAACAAAACCACCCUUCACCACCACCUCAAGACACCAAAGCUCCUCCCUUUUUCAUGGCUACCACCAACAAACCCUACUCAAACACAUCAUCCCAUCAUACCUUUUUAGACCAACAACUACAAUUUGUUCACCAUCAAGAGCAUCAUCACCAUGACAACAAUCAAAUAUCUUUCAACAUGAUCAAUAAUCAUUCACUUCCCUCAUCAUCAUCUAUCCGAACCAAUAAUAUUAUGAGAAACGAUGGCGAUGGGCCUUAUGAUUUAACUGAUUUAGAUCAAUCACUUUUUUUGUAUGGUGAUGGCCAAGCUGCAACUACUGGAGGUGAUCUAUCUGCUUUUCCUAUAAUCCAAGAUCACCAUAGACAGGGUUCGAGUUCAUCAAUAAGGCCUCCAACAUUAAACAUAUUUCCUUCCCAACCGAUGCAUGUAGUAGACCCUUCUACCUCUACUACUAAGGCAACUACUGGAUUAGUUUCCCCAUCAAGCAGUGGUUCAAGAAGACCAUCUGAGCCUUCCAUGGAAGACAUCGCCAAUCCCCAAAUGGAUACUCUUCCACCUGCCCCUCAAUCUUCUAAAGCUAUAAAGCGUGAAGGAAACAAGAAAGGGCCAACGACUAGUUCCGAUCAGGGUCGCCCGAAAACACCCGAUCCUAAGACGUUGAGGAGACUUGCUCAAAAUAGAGAAGCAGCAAGAAAAAGCAGGCUGAGAAAAAAGGCUUAUGUUCAGCAGCUAGAAUCAAGCAGAAUUAAGCUUACCCAGUUGGAACAAGAGUUGCAAAGAGCCAGAGCUCAGGGGAUUUAUCUUGGUGGUGGUGGAGAUGUUCUAGGAGCUGACCAAGGUGUUCCUCUCGGCCUGAGUAACAUAAGCUCGGAUGCUGCAGUUUUUGACAUGGAGUAUGCAAGGUGGCUCGAGGACUACCACCGUCAAAUGUGUGAGCUUCAAGCUGCGAUUCAAGAACACUUGCCAGAAAACGAGCUCCGGAUUUAUGUCGAUAAUUGUAUAGCGCGUAUCGAUGAUUUGCUCAAUAUAAAGAGCAUUGUGGCUAAAUCUGAUGUUUUUCACAUCAUCUCGGGUACUUGGAAGACACCUGCUGAGCGAUGCUUCAUGUGGAUUGGAGGGUUUCGACCAUCUGAGCUUAUCAAGAUAAUUCUUGGUCAAAUUGAGCCAUUAACGGAACAACAACUCAUGGCUAUAUGUGAAGUGCAACAAGCAACACAAGAGGCAGAAGAAGCACUCUCACAUGGUCUCGAUGCGCUAAAUCAAUCUCUAUCGGACACCAUUGCUUCUGAUGCUCUUAGCUCCCCUACAAACAUGGCUAACUACAUGGGUCAGAUGGCUGCAGCCAUGAACAAGCUCUCCACCCUCGAAAAUUUCGUGAUACAGGCCGAUAACCUGCGACGCCAGACAAUUCAUCAUGUCCUCCAACUCCUGACAACCCGCCAAGCGGCAAGGAGUUUGCUAGCGGUUUCUGAGCACUUCCAUCGUCUUCGUUCUCUCAGCUCUCUUUGGGUUGCACGCCCUCGACAAGAUUAGGACCCAAAAAGGAAUUAAUCAAUGGUCCCAACUUGUCAGUUGGUUCAAGUGUUUUAUUUCUUUCUUUUUUCCCUUUUAAAGUAAUUUUAUGACGUUUUUUUGGUUUACUUUGCAUCCUUGAUCUAGAGAGAUGUAUAUAGAUAGAUAAAAUUAAAUCCUCAUAACUAGAUGUUGACAGUAUGGAAUUAUAUGUCGUAGACCAAUCUUUUUGCUGUCA